AUGCACUCUCCCUGCCGUCUUUCUUCUGAUGCGUUCCGCCGUAUUCCUCCGUUCCCCAACCCCCGGAAGUUCCAUCAGUCCUUCCUACUCCGUGCCAAGGAUCCGGUGAUCUCGAAGAAUAAUCUCCAGAAGACGCUUGAGGCCCAUCGCUUGUCCAAUCGCGCCUGCCUUGUGCGUAAAGUGCCGACCACUAUCCCCUCGAAGAGCGUCAUUCCGUCUAUUUCCCCGUCAGAGAAUCUCCCCGACCAUGGACAUGAAUCAAUUCUUCCCUCAACACAAGAAACUCAGUCCUCCGGGCCGGUGAAGAGAGUCAUAAGAGAACGCUCUCCCCCAAAAAGAGCAUCUAAUCUACGAUUUAGAGCACACAGGGUUGCAUCUGAUUGUUCUGCUGGUGCUGCUGCCGCCGCCGCCCACCAGCACCUACGGUGGGACGUUGACGGAAAGGGCAGACCAGAACAACGUCCAUGGUUAGACAAUCUGAGUUUCGUGGGAAACUACUGCGAUGCGACUUCUUAUCUUGACUCAGAGAUCCUUGCUCUAGAAAGGUACUUGAUACCAACCCAGCGGGAACAGGCCAAUGUAGAUCAGUUGGCUCACAAUGUUGCCGGUAUACUGGGAGGAGUUGUGCCUCACCCACCGGAGGUCAUCGGUUCUCGGCGGACUGGAAUGGCUGUCAGUCAUUCAGAUAUAGACUUCAUUCUUUCUGUGAGUGAUCCUGAGACCACGUCCGACCAGCUCAGGAAGCCAAGCCCCUCUCGCCCCAAAAUGAUCGGCGUCUAUACUGCACUGCUCCGAAAGGUAGAACGUGUCUUUCAGCAGAGCCAGGUGUUCAAUGGCCGAGUCUAUUUUCUUGGGAAACAGUUUCCUGUUCUAUCGGCAGUUCAUCAUCUGACUGGCCUCCAAGUUCAGUUAUAUUGUGGACAGGGCCCUCCCUCAUCUAUCGAAUAUAUCCAGGGCUACCAUGCUGAGUAUCCUACACUCCGACCCUUGUACCUGACCACACGAUUGAUCUUGGAAUCUCGGGGUUUGUUUGGCGCCCACGUGUCAUCUGUUGGAUCCGACGCCCUUCUGACGAUGAUUGUGGCGUUCCUGAGAAUGAAUCACGGUCGUUUCCAACACCAAGAAGCUCUAGGUGAACAGCUCCUCGCCAUUUUGCAGACAUACGGAGAACGGACGGAUCUUCAAAGCACCGGCGUCUCGGUUGACCCUCCGGGAUUUUUCAACGUUGAUACCACCAGAGACGGGGCUGAGCUGUAUGACUCUGGAUCCAUCCCGGCCUAUCUCCGCGGCCAGCGUUCGCUGAUCAACCUGAAAAGGACAGCCCUUGCCAGGAGAAAUUUGCCCGUUGCACGACGCCUGUGCAUCCAAGACCCAUGCAAUUAUAUGAAAGAUCUGGGCCGUUCAUGUACUCGAACAGCAGAGCUUCAAGCCGCAUUUGCCGAUGCUUACUCGAGUCUGCGCACGUCAAUUGAUACGUGGGACGAAGGACAUUCCCCCAGAUCUCAAGAUAGUAUCCUGGCGCAUGCAUUACGGGCAAACUUCGAUGACUUUGAGCGAGUCCGCGCAAGGAUUUCUUACACUGCUGGAGUGCAUUCUUAG